AGAAAGAAGAUCCAAAACGAGAAAAGCAUUCUGUUUGCAUGGUAUCUUCGUACUUCGUACUCGUACCACAUCUCACACCAAGAAGACGCAACAGUUCAGACAAUAGAAGAACUAACUACAAUAUCUAAAUACACUAUGAAAGCCAUGUCGUCGUCAAACUCCUUCACUCAACGACGGUUCCUUAUGUUCAGUGUCGUCCUUAUAAUAGCCUUGGCAUGGUUGUCCCCUGCCGUCAUGGCCAAAGAUCUCAGUCCAUGGAUGUCCAAUUUACACAGUUUCGCGGGUGGCGGCGUCGGAGGAAUCUGUUCAGUUUUGGUGGGACACCCAUUGGAUUUGGUCAAAGUCAGACUCCAAACGGCAGCCGCUUCCACCAAAGACGACGGCAAGACCCCGAAAAGGGGAACCUUUGGAGUGUUGCGAGAUAUUGUUCGAAAAGAAGGAUUUGGAGGGCUCUAUCGAGGAGUGGCGGCGCCAUUGGUAGCCGUCGCACCCAUUUGGGCCGUGAGUUUCUGGGGAUUCGAUACUGGCGACAAAAUUGUGCGGGCCAUGGCGGGGUUGGCACCCGGUGCUUCCCUCACCAUUGCUCAACUUUGUUUUGCCGGAGGCUUUUCGGCUCUCCCCACAGCUCUCGUCAUGGUACCGGCCGAACGAAUCAAAUGCCUGUUACAAAUUCAACAACAACAACAACAAGGUUCCAAAUCUGUUCGUCAGUACAACGGCUUUGGUGAUUGUGCCGCAUCACUGUAUCGAGAAUCCGGUUUGGCAGGUCUCUACAAGGGGACGACAUUGACGUUGAUGCGGGACAUUCCUGGAUGCAUGGUCUAUUUUGGGGUCUAUACGGUGGUCAAAAAUGCACUCGGACCGUCUCCCUUAAGCGCCUUGAUUGCGGGGUCACUGGCCGGUGUCAGCUUUUGGCCCGUCAUUUUACCCAUGGAUUGUUUGAAAUCGCGAUAUCAAACGGCUCCCGAGGGAACCUAUCAAAACAUUGGACAGGUUUGGUCCACUCUUAUGGACGACGUGGGUCCGACAGGUUUGUUCAAUGGUAUGGGACCCGCCAUGAUCCGGGCCAUGCCCGCCAAUGCCAUUAGUUUCUUGGGAGCCGAGUUGACCAAAAAGGCACUGGCUGGGGGUGUCUAGCUAUGUAUUGUACCGAUGCUACAAAUAGAACAUGGACCAAUUCCUCGUAUCCUUGCACAAUACAAGCAAUCUGUUUGGAUAUGUUGCUUUUUCAGGAUGUUACCUAAAACCCGUACUUCUUGACCUUCACAUAACGUUAGCUAUAGCUAGACUCUAAGGGCC